AUGUUCCCCAUCCCCACUACUGCCUCUCCCAUUCCGCUUUCGGCGGAAUUUCGGCCGUUUUCGACUCCAGAUCCUCAACCAAGCCACUCUACCUGUGGCUUGGCAAGCACACAUACCGCUCUCGCCUCGUCGUCUCUGCCAGCUCCCAAAAGCUCCGACAACACCUUCCGCCAUAUUCCGAUCCCCGCUCACUGGACAGCCACCCUCAACUCUGGAGAGCCUUCCUUCUGCACUUCCGCAUUCACAGUCCUCUGCAUGCUCGCAUACGGACACACCACACUGAUGCACUGGUGGACGGCCACAUGCAGCGGCGACGAAGUUCUCGCCCGCGACAACGAGCAAAUAAUCAGCCGGCUCACUAUAACAUCCGUCGUGGCGGGCCUCCUUCUCUCUUCGACAGCAGCGCUCAUCACAACAGAGCCUCCGCGCGCGGACCUCUUGGACUACACCCAGCGUGGCCCAUACCUGCUCUUGUGGGCAUCGUUCGGGAUGACACUCGGCGGGAUGAUCCUAUCCUCGACGAACAUCUACGCACUCUCAACGUACAACUGUGUCUGGUUCCGCACGGUGAUCAUGUCCACGCGGGCGCGGGUGUGGUGUACGCUUGUCCUGUUCGCCUACCCGUCCUUCGCGGUGGGUAUUGGGGCGGCGCUUUGUGUCGCAGGCAUCCUCAUAUCGGCGUGGACCUCUCAAGACAUGCUGGUAGUCGCCCUGUCUUUCCCUUUGCUGAUCCUUCCUGUAUCCAUGAGCAUCGUGUACUGGUCAACAGUGCGUGAGCCUGUGGGAGGGAGGAAAGACCCUUUGCAUGACAUUCGACAGUGCCAGGAUUCGGUCCUGAGUUAG